UGGAGCCGGCUGCCCAGCCCAGCCGGCGGCGCGAUGAUCGCGGUGUCUAUCCCCGCGGUGGGACCGGGGGCCGAGGCCGAGCCGAGCCCGGAGAAGACGCACACGGUGUUUACGGUGGAGGUGCUGUGCAAUGGCCGGAAACAUACCAUUGAGAAGCGCUACAGCGAGUUCCAUGCCCUGCAUAAAAGGAUAAAGAAGAUGUGCAAGGUCCCAGAUUUCCCCCCCAAGCGAGUCCCCAACUGGAUGUCAAAGGUGCAGGAGCAGCGGCGGCAGGGCCUGGAGGUUUACAUUCAGGGCGUCCUGUACUACAACAAGUCGCUGCCUAAGGAACUGCUGGACUUCCUGAAGCUCAGGCACUUUCAGCAGGAUGCCAAGGCCAGCAGCCUGGACCACAGCUUCCUGCUCUCACACCGGCCAGUUAUGAUCUUCCACAAAGACCCAUAUGUGCUCCCCUCCUCCACAGAGCUGCUGCCAGACAUAGUUCUGAGUGGUGUGUUGCGAGGCUUCUACAGACCAGCAAGCUGCUGCUGGGAGAAGGCAGCCCCAAAGUGCUUGGCAGGGCUCCACAUGCUUAGCCAGCAGGGCUCAUGAGGGUAUCCACGACCCAGCCAUUGCUCAGGCUUCACCAGCACCACUACUGAAGUGGGAGCACUGCUCGGUUGUCCUAUCUACAGACUGCUCCUGUAUCUCAGUGGCUUUGCCUUCCCUUCCCCUGGGACUUGUUCCUGCCUUCCCCAGCAUGGGGUGAUGGACAAAAGGGGGAGAUGCUGCUGAGCCUGGGGGCUGGUGCCUAACACACAUGGAGAUUGGGCUGGAAGCACUUGUAAUGAACAGGGCAGCUGUGAGGCCAGACCCUAACUGCUCCAGCAGUGCCAUCUCUGGCCACAGCACAUGGAAAUGCUGCAAGCUGCACUAUGGCUGGGAUGGCCAGGCUCCUUGCCAGUGCUUAUGGCUACCCAUAGCUCUGGCUGCAGCUCCUGCCAGGCUGGAUAGAGCCUAGAGGGGGAGGGGGUGGUGUCCUAGACCCCUGCAGAGCCCUGUGGGGAGGGGUUGGUCUCCUGCAGGCUAAAGGGAGCUGUGCAGAUGUGUAUAGGCAAUAAAUCACUCAGGUCUGGUUUGGAGAUUGCUGCUGCACUGUGUUUAUCUGGGACUAGAACCUAGGGCCCAUAAACUGUGCAUGACAUGCCCUGUUUGGCCUCUCAGCCACGGGAUGAAAAAAGACAGAAGCCUAAUUGCAACCACAGGAUGUUCUCAUGGACAAGGUACUGGGCAGAGCCCCAU